GGAGGCGAGUCAGUCAGUGUGAAUCCGCCGACGAGGGCGACGUUAGCGCUGCCACUCGCUAGUUCCUGUUGGCUCGGAGGGGCGGCCGUCGAGCCACGAGUGUUAGUGCGGUGACUCUCACGUUGUCCGUCGGCUUAUGCCUGUGGCACUACGGGAUACGGCAGUGAAACAUACAUUCAUUCAUGGGAAUAGAUACUUUUACUUAAAUUCCAAGUCAGUGACAGUGGCAAUGCCCAGGUCUUUACUAUUGGUGUUAUCGACAGUGAAGUAACGGCUGCUAAUGAUCAAUGAAAGAGCUUAGUGUCCCCUACAAUACGCACUCGAGAGCACCUACAGCUGCACCAGUACAGGAAAAGGUCACAGAAAGCACAGGACAAGAACAAUGCGAGAGUGGUGUGGGUGGUGGGCCCGCCGGUGUGCGGUGACGGCGGUGAUAGUGACAGUGACAACAUGCCUUCUGCUACCCCCCGUCAGCGCCUACAGGAGAAGAGGGAACGCCAGAGACUACAUGGCUCCGACAAAGAGGAACAUUGGCACUAGAGGGAACUUCUGUCCCUACACUGUGACGAAGAUGGUUUCGUGCAAGAUCGCCAACGGCACCCAGACUAACGGGGGGGGGUGGGCCCUCGGGAAAAAGGGUGAGCUCAUGACAAUGACUAGACCCCGUUAUGUGACGUCGUUCAAAGAGGUCCAGGAGACGGAGUAUGGUUGCUGCCCUGGCUUUUACGGCAGCAACUGUGACACAACAUGUUUCAACUGCACACAAAUCCAGCAUUUAGAGUCGAGGGUUCGAACUGGAGGCCAAGCUGCUGCGAUCUCCCACCGCGUCCAACCCGCCCUUUGA